GAUGCUUCAACGUCAUUUCAGUCAGUCACACCAGCCCCCCAGGUCUGUUCACACACUGCUAAUGUCUGUCCUUCUGUAACAUGGGUCUGCUGCACUCCAACCAAGGUCCGCUGCUGUCAGCUGUCCUCUUCCUCUGUGCUGUUAGCAGUCAAAGGGGUCAAGGCUCAAUGGCUGUCUCUACUUUUCCCUCAGAAUAUCAAACUUCAAGUUUGACUAAAGGUACCUCUGCACCCUCUGAUACUACUGAGAGUGCUGCUGCUGCAGGUUUAACAGCAGGAACUACAUAUGCUCCCUCUGGUACCCAAACACAGUCAAGUAGUGCAAAACCUCAGCAGUCUACGAGAGUCGACUCAUCUCCAGGUUCCCAUGAGAGUUCUGCUGUGCCCUCUGAUUCCAGAUGGGUCACAAUUACAGGAGCCCAGAUGAUGCUGGUGGUGGUGGGUGUGGCUGCUUCUACUGUAGGUGUGACCCUGGGGGGUCUGGUAGCUGUCUGUGUCCGCUGGAGGAGCAGGAAAAAUCACUCCAAAAGCAGACAAGAUAAAAUGCGCAUGGGGCCUGUGAGCAGUGGAAGCCAUGUGGAGCCUGUGAAUCCUGGGCUCUACAGUCUGAUCACCACAGUCCCAUCUGUGGCUGUGCCCUCAGGCUCCUCGGGAGAGAAUGCAAGGACCUCGGACAACGAUGAAUCUGACACGUACCAUGUGUACUGCUCCACCACUGAGAGACCCACCACUGAGAGAGCCACCACAGCUGCCCAGGCUGACACCUUCUACAGUCUUCAGCAGCCUCACUGAAACCACAGUUCUGUCAGCGCUUUCAUCUGGUUUUCAUGUUAUAACCUAACGAGAAUAACCUAACGAAACAUUUGUCACGAUUGCAGUGCAGACUUUAAAAUGAAGCCUUGCCUUUUCCUCAAACCUUGUAGAUUCUUAUGAACAAGCUACUUAAACCGAUGGCCUUUGUUGUAGAUAUUUUUAAGUUUUAAAAAUAUAGAUUUGAUUGUGGGUGCCACCGUAGCUCAUGUGAGCUGAGACCAUGAUGCAACGACCCCGGUCCGAAUCCAGCUCCGGUCAUUUCUGCGUGUCUCUCCCCCUACAUUUCCUGUUUACUCAACUGUCUCUAUCUAAUAAAGGCCAAUAAUAUAUCUUUAACAA